GGCUGCCUGGUUGGUUGGGGGCCUCAGGACGGUGUUGGCAAGAGGUAAAAUGCUCCAAAAGAUGUUGACAGGCCUCAGACGAUCAGAGCUGACUGGGAUACACACGGAGAUGGCGGGCAUAAUAGCUACAGCCUCUAUGGAGCCAGUAAAUGAACAGGAUUUGAUGAGCGCCUUGGAUGAGCUCAGACAGCGAGCGACAUUGCUGACAUUACCGGCGCUUAGAGAAUCGGCAAACCGGGAAAAAAUCUCAUGGUUGAUAAGAGGCGACAGAAUGAACGCGGCCUUUUUUCGGGGCCAUACGCGGAAAAACUCUUCUUCCCUCAUGCUUUCCAUGCGUCAUCCAUGGGAUGCCGAUCAGCCAGUGGCAAUGGAUACGGCCGCCAUUGUGCAAAACGUGGCCUUAUUGUGCAAAACGUGGCCUUAUUGUGCAAAACGUGGCAAUGGGGCGUCACAGGCACAACAUACGGAACAAAAGCUGUUGCACGACUUUGCGGACACAGUGGGGGCAGCUAUUGGACCGAAGUUGUCCCCGUCUCAGGCGCAGAAACUGGAUCGGCGAAUAGAAAUGGAAGAGGUUCGACAGGCAUUAACAGCCUUGCCGCCACACAAAGUCCCUGGUCAGGAUGGCCUGCCUCUUCUGUUUUUUACGAAGUAUCAGAUGCGCUUGCUGCCAGAGCUCACUGUGGUACUGCAGUCUAUUUUCGAUGGGGCGACUCCGCCGGCGGAAAUGGUCACAGGAAUGGUGUCAUUUAUCUACAAGAAAGGCGACAGAGCAGAUGUCAGAAAUUGGAGACCGAUAACUGGCCCGGAGACCAAAUGGGAAGGACCCCCUUGCGUACCCGGAGGAGUGCUUGAGGGGAGCCAUCCUCUGGACCUUGUGGACAUUGCGGAACUCAGCAAUCAGGAGGGGGGAGAGACUGACUCCGCCUAUGAUUCGUGCGGAAGUGAAAUUUUCGAUCAAACAGAUGGUGGCCACCGAUUGGUCCAUGAGAGUGCAGAACAGGGAAUAUGCACCGAGACCCCUGAGGCAGUUUCUGCAGCAUUGGCAAAGGUUCCCGGAUUUGUUUCGCAUUCAGGAUAGGCAACAGCAACCACCGCAGUUGGUGUUCUCAUCCUUUUUUCUUUGAGAUACCUAUACAGUUUUAAAGGAUUGGAACUUCAGUAGGACUGAGUAGGACUUGGUAGGACUUAGUUAGUACGAAUUUUUACUAGUACUCAGAUCAGUUCGCCGGCUCGACGGUGCUCUACUAGGACUGAUGGGAUUUGGAAA